AUGUCCUUGCAACCAAAGCCAUUAGAGUCCUUGGCUUGCUCAAAUGUAACUUAUGCAUUGCUCCCAAAGAAGCCAGGGCUGCAGCAUGCAUAUCCAUCCCAUUUUGGAAAUAAGGUGGUGAUGAUCUUGGGCCUCAUUGGCAUAUCAGGAGCCUUAGGAUAUUUGGUGUGGUUGAGGUCCUAUUACAACAAUCAGGGAUUCUAUAUUGCUGUUGCUGAGGAUGGUUCUCAUAUCUUGCAACCCAAGAAGUCCAAGUGGGAUUAG